AACAGCAGUGGUAUUUAGAAGCAAUGAAGUCCAAGCCAAUCCAUCCACCCCCCAUCCCUUUGGGGUUGGGCUUAUAUAUGUUAGAGGAUGGGCAUGGUUUACAGCGGGGCAGUUUGUGGCGAAAUAUCGAUUGCGGGUGGGUUAUUUUCGACCAGCGAGUGUUUGUUGUCAGCUUUCCUGGAGGGACAGGGGUUUCUGGAUCGCUAUGGCCUGGAACGAUCUUCUUCAGUGUCUAUUUGACUGAGAUCGAUAUAGUGUUCGACAAUUCUCGCGGUAUCGCGUCAUAUGAAUUCCUCAAAAUGGACGAAGUGCCAGAUAUGGAUGACUUGUUAAAUGAGCUUGAAGCCGCUGAAACGACCGGGAAGCUAAAGUAUGGUGCGAAUGACCCGGUAAUGAAUCCCAGAGUGGUUCCUUCGGAUUCUUCCAAUGAUUUCAAUGAUAAAAGGAAUACUGCACGUGACGAUCAUAUCGAAGAAGCUAAUAAUAUAACUACUAUUGAUAUUGAAGCCACAAAUGUUCUCUCUGAUAUUAUCACUUGUUUAUCAGCGAACGCAAAUGACAGUUUGUGCUAUAACGUAGAAGCAGAACGGGAAGAUAUUGCGGUACAAGCUACUGGUAUUUUAAAGGAUGCAACAAGUGAAAAUUCAGUUUCCGAAAACUUUGCUGAUUGUAAGAAUGAUGGAACGAGAGACAGCUUAUCGGAUCAUCCGAGCUCAUAUUCUGAUAUUAUUCUGGAUGAAUGCAAAGAAACUAAUUCUGGGGAACUUUUCAACAAGGUUAUCGAAGUGGAUAGAAUAGCUGAACAGUACGCUGAAAUGGAACAAUAUUUAGACAGUUAUGGAAUGAACGACACUUCUUUGGAUAUCUCGGGCCAGCCACACUUGAUAGCUGAUAGGGAAGUGGUAUUUUCCUCAGCGAAAGAGAUUAAAAAAGAAAUGAAUACUCUAGAAGAAACAGAUGAGGGAUCUCUUUCUCACGGGGUGGAUUCCUAUGAGAAUUGUCGGUCAGCUUCUAAGUUAGAAAAAGAAACGGAUGAAGAAAUAAAAGAUCCUGUCAUUGAAAGAAUUAUCAGAAUUACACUAGCAGUUGAUGUAGACUCAUCUACCAGUAGUGACGAGCAAUCAGUCAAUGAGAUGCCGCCCGAUACAUCGGUGGGUGCGGAAGAUUUAGGCUUAGAUGAUGUACAAAAAAAUGCUAGCUUAUAUAUUAAUGGCAGUACAACAUCGACUGAACGUCUGUCAUCUUGUUGUACGCAAUCGUCUAUCGUAGCAGAUGUUAAAGAGACUGUCAGUGCAGUCAAGAAAUCAGAUGAGAAUAGAGAAUAUCGAGGAAAUGAUAAUGAGGAAGAACAGCAGUCGGAAUUGAUGGAAGAUAGUAGUGAUAAUUCAGUGAGUGAAUGUAAGAUAUCAGUACCGGUUAUUGAUCAGGUGCAGGCCAUCUCUGUAGUUUCGAGUACGCAUAAUAUAUCGCAUGAUCCCGGGGUAAAAUAUUUGACUGAAAGCGAACGUCAACUUGGAAAGAAGAAACCAAUAUGGAUAGCCGAUAAGGAAACGUUAUCAUGCAUGUUAUGCUGCAAUAAAUUUACAGUUUUCGUUAGACGACAUCACUGUAGAUGUUGUGGUCGUGUGUUAUGUGCUCGUUGUACCACUCAAAAGGCAUCGUUGUCGUAUGUCAAUAAUCCAAAAAAAGAACACCGAGUUUGUGAUCCGUGUUUCGAAACAUUAAAACGCAUUGAAGAGUCUGAAAAGAACAUAAAAGCGGGUGAUUCGGGAGAUACGAAUGAUUAUCAUCGUUCAUCAGAUAUUAGUCCGGCUACAAAGCCAGUGUUGAAAUUAAGAGGAAAACCAGAAAAUUCUAUCAGUACUAACAAUGAUCAAAGCUCAUCAUCUAAUGAUGUAGCACACGGUGGUUCUUCAGUAAAACGGAGUGUUACAUUCCGCGAUGGUCUUCAUCCCGGUUACAAUUCUAAUGAGACUCAUACAUCAACCGUUGACAUGGGUUCUUCAAAACCAAAGAAGCAUAAUUCGAAAAGGCAUCAUGUGUCACGGCGUCUGCAACAACUUCAUAUCACUGAAGAAUGUGUAUGUCUUUUGCCUGGUGGUUGCUUAACUUCUUCUGAUACCGAGAAAACAUCAACUGUUGAUAAUCGACGUGGAACCAUCAACUCUCUAUAUCUGCGAAUUAAUGAUGGUACCAUAAAGGAAUGUGAUAAUAUUCAGGAACAAAUAAAUGAAAACAAGAAUGUCAUGUGUAUUAUAUCGAGAGGAAUGUCAUUUGUUGGAUUGGAUGAAAUCUUUCUUGCUUAUUACUGUGACACGGAACUCAUCGAAUUACCAAUCGAUUAUCUGUGGAGGAUUUACGAAAUUUAUCAGGAUGCAUUGACUCCCCGUAAUGAGUCAUCAGAUGAAGAAUUGGGAAUACGAUUAGCACACAACCGUGUUCCAGCACUGAAUCGGACAGCCCGGUUUUCAAAUUUUGAGAAGCCGGUAGCAAGAGACAUACUUUUAUUUAAACCAUCUGUUCAGUCAUUUAAAAACCUCUUGGUGCCUUCUUCAUCAUUUUUGGUUGCAACAUUCAUUUAUCAGUCUGAGUCGAUUUGGGCAAGUGUGAUACCACAACGACUUCUCUUUAGAAUUGGUCUUCAAUCUUCAUUUUAUCCUACAUCAAUUAUAAAUGACUUCAAUCGGGAACCAGUGUAUAAUUCAAUAUUUGAUACAAGUGUCUUGAAAAUGUUUAACGAUUUUCGAAAUUGGCGUUUUCAAAUGCCUCUUAUAUCUGGUAGCACGUUAACGGUACAUGAUAACAGCGAAUCUAUCCUAAUUAUCCCAACUUGGGCAUUAGAAGAGAUUAUCAAGUUGAUCGAGGCAAAUAAAAAUAUGGUCGCGUGGGGUCUUGAUUUUAGUUCUGAUGCUGAUAGCUAUCUUGUUUGCAAACAGGAUAGUGCUGGUUGUUUCAACUCACAAAUUUUCACAAGUGGUAUCGGAAAUCGGAAAGUAACUGGCGCUUCUUUUAUUGUUAUUGACGGAGCUUUGAAAGAUAGCGGAGAGCCAUUUACCAUGAAUGUUUUGGAAGACGGCAUGACAAUUCGUUUUCGAUCAGAUAUAAUGGAAUCAGUUAUUGAAGCACUUUCGGUCGGACAGGAUUUUGAACAAAAUUCAUCUGCAAUGAAAUUUUCAAUUAAGUGGGAUGAUGGUUCAUAUACACAACAACUCAUUGGUGGAUUGAUAUCACCAAUUGAUAAUCGUUCAUUAAUUGGUUGUUAUCAAUACGGUUUGAAAAAAUCAAGAAUUUUGGGAUCAUCAUAUCUAAUACCGAACCAAGUGUAUUGGUCCCUUAGGCUAGUCAGUGUGUACAAUAUUGGAAAAGGCCGAUUCGUCCAACGCGUUCAAUCAAAAGUUUUCAGUGUCAGUGAACAGGUCACUGCGCAAAUUGCGACAACACUGGUACCUUUCACUGCAGCUCUCAUAGAACAUGAUUUGAGGCAUAUCUUUUUCCGUAUUCGCGUUACUUCAGAAGAUGCUGAAUAUAAGACACAGCCUUGGCCUGGCAUGGAAAAGGAAUUUGCUGCAUGGUUGGAUUUUCUCGACUAUCAGGUAGUACCAGGCUUAUUUACUGUUUGUUCAUAUGUAACAGUCGGGUUUCAUGCUGAACUUCAUAUGGCUUUGAUUUCAAUCCGACCAAACCCAUAA